GUGGGAGCGGGUGGCGAAUGGCUCCCUUCCACAGAUGUUACCGGGGCAGUUUGUGGUCCCACCGGCUCCAGUGGGACCAGGCUGCCGACCGUCUGGACACCCAGCGGGUGACGGGGGGCCAGAGGCGGCGGAGACGGCGGUCACCCACUUUGGGGAUGAUGUGCCCUCUCCAGGGGCUGCCAUGGCUCGGGACCGCCCUUGCUGCCAGCGGGCCGCCUCCCCGAGCGGGAAGCCUGUUUCGGAACGCGCUGCGGGACAGGGCCGGCGGGUGAUUCCUUCCUCUAAAACAGAAACGCAUCGCAGCCUUGUCACACAGCGGCACACGGACCUGUGGGCUCGGCAUCCCUGCAGCACCUCGGGCACAGCACCCGCGCCCGGUGCCCGAGGGAAGGGCAGAGCCGCGGCCGAGCCGGAUGGGGCGGUGGCUUCUGCGGGAGACGCAGCCGCGGCCCGGGCGAUGUGGGAGCCGCGGGGCGCGGCGCUGAGGGCGGCGGCGGCGGCCCUGCUGCUCGGGGCCGGCGCCUGCUACUGCCUGUGGCGGCUGGCGGCGGCGGGCGGGCGGCGGGGCCGGCGAGCAGCGGCCGCGCGGGGCCCGCCGGCAGAUAGCAGUCCUCCAGUGUCAACCCAUACCAUGGAUGUGGAUGUUCUACAGAAACUUAUUCAUUUGCUCCAGGCCACAGAUGAUCCAUUAAUUCAAGAGCAAGCUUUAAUCACUCUCAGCAACAGUGCUGCCUUCUCUGUAAAUCAAGAUAUAAUCCGAAAUUUGGAUGGUCUUUCUGUUAUUGGAGAGAUGCUUUCCAACUGCACUCCCAAAGUUAAAGAAAAAGCGCUAAAUGCACUUAACAAUUUGAGUAUGAAUAUUAAAAAUCAGGAAGAGAUACAGGUAUUUACUGCACAAGUUUGUAGGACUGUUGAGUCAGCUCCUCUGAACUCUGAUGUGCAGCUAGCUGGACUCAGGCUGUUGACAAAUAUGUCUGUUACCAGUGACUACCACCAAAAGAUGAUAAAUUCAAUUCCAUGCUUUUUUCAUUUGCUUUCAGAAGGAACUGAAAGGACACAGAUUCAUGUUUUGAAAGUACUUGUGAACUUAUCUGCAAACCCAGCCAUGACAAGACAUCUUCUCAGAGCUCAAGUGCCAUCAAUGGUGUUACUUUUUGACAACUAUAUAAACAGAGACAUUUUAGUUCGAGCCCUGGCAUUUGCAGCAAACUUGAAAAAGAACAUGAAUGAUGAAGAAGGCACCAUCAUUGAGGAAUACAGUGAAGACUCAAUUUUCUUCACACUCUGCAGGGACUCUGCCCCAUUUGCUCAGAGACUGGCAUCUUUGCUGCAUCACCCUGAUACAGAAGUGAAAGAACAAGUUGUGAGAAUAUUAAUGCAAUAGUGUUGUUUUCUUAAAACAGAAUGACCUGAUGAAAAUAUCUAAUCUCGGCAAUACUAUGCUAAAAAAGCAUGCAACAAGUAAACAAUGCAAUGGAGGAAAACAAAAACCCUAAAUACUAUCAUUUUAAUAGGCACAAAUGAGUUACUACAGAAGAGAAUGCAGUGUAUUUAAUACAGAUUUUUUUUUUACAAGCAAGAGAAAAGCAAUAGCUUAAUUAUUACUGAUAAACCACUGCACAGUUGCUACAUUAAUGCAAUGGGGACAAACAGUUUAAAACGUGAAAACAUUCAUAUGUAAAAUGAACAUUUUGAAUGGACGAGUGAAGUGAAUGUAUAUAUCCUUGGCAAUAUUAAAGUCUUUUUUUUAAGUAUUUACAGCUGUUGAAGAAAUACCUCUUUAGAAGCGUUCAUUAAAGAUUUAGCAAUUAGAGAUUAGGCAUUUAUAUUUUAUUAGUCUGUGAAGAGGUACAGCCAAAUCUUACAAAAUAAUAUGAAAUAAAGAACAAUACCAAACUGU